UGGUUGAGAGAGUGAAGGCCUACAAACAGCCUUCUGUAACAGAACGUGCUCAUGUACACCCACCAGCAGCCCCGUCUCCCAUCAGCUGUGUGUGCAUGAGGAUGUUGCCUCUGAGGCAGCAUAGAUAUGAUGUAAUCUAAAACCUCAGUCCUGACAGGAGAGAGAGAGAGAAAGAGAGAGACAAAGCCAGAGCCAGAGCUGGGUAGAAACCGCGCGGUAGGGCCUGCGGAUGGAUCUCGGCUGUUUUUGCACUGUCUAAAAUACAUUUGGGAAACCUUCUGUCGAAACGGUUCCGUGUUGUUGUGGAAGUCAUGCCGCGGACGUUUGUCCCCUCCCGACGAAGAGGAUGCUGGCUGUAGAAGCAGCACCGGCCGGGGAUGCUGUUGGUGAGCUUGACUCCCCCAUCUCCAUCAGUUUUAUUAACCACCAUGGCUCAGGAGUCCUCUUCCGCAGCCGGUCCAACAUCCUCCUCCGUGUGAACAUGCCCCGCUCUCCGCCUCCAUCGUCGACAUCGGUCCGAGCUAGCUGUCGCCUUUCCCCCCGUGAUGACAGGCGGGCGCCCGCUUCACAUUUCAACACUUGUAGGCCCUUUAUGUCCGCUGAAGAGUAUAUUAUCACCGCGUCUGAGAUCACAUUUUGAGCUGUUGUUUUACCAGCAUUGAUUUCCACUUUCAACAGAUUAUUUUUGGAGCCGGAAGAUGGGCCCCGUCCACUACCGGACCUGGUUUCGCCCUGAUCUGAGUUUCAUGUAUUUCUUGACCUUACAAGCCACAAUGCAUUUGUGACUAAGCUUCAGUUGUCCUGUUUCCUUUUUGGGACAUUUCCCCUGCUUUACUCGCCUUUCCCGCCACCCUGCAGAGCCCCAUGAAGCCUAUUUGCCCUGCGGGGGAAUGAGCAGCCUCCAUCCCUCCAGCAGACGCCUGCCCGCUGCUCCUGCUGUCCGCCGUGGGGCCCUGCUGUGACUUCACAGGGUUGUGGAGGUCCUGACAACUUUAAAAACGGGAAAGGUGGGGACGUUUGCCUUUCCAGCUCAGGUUUAAACCAUGGCCAAUGAACCUGUCAUCCUUAACGUGUAUGAUAUGUACUGGAUAAACGAAUACACUUCCAAUCUGGGUAUUGGAGUCUUCCACUCAGGCAUCGAGAUUUAUGGCCGAGAAUUUGCAUACGGGGGUCAUCCUUACCCUUUCAGUGGCAUCUUUGAGAUCAAUCCCGGGAACGCCACUGAACUGGGAGAGACAUUCAAAUUCAAGGAGGCCAUUGUUUUGGGCACCACAGACUUCACAGAGGAGGACAUGGAUAAAAUCAUGGAAGAGCUCGGUAAAGAGUUCAAAGGCAACGCCUACCAUCUAAUGCACAAAAACUGCAACCACUUCUCCUCCUCGCUGUCUGAGUUGCUGUGUGGACGAGAAAUCCCUCGCUGGGUCAACAGACUGGCGUACUUCAGCUCCUGCAUCCCCUUCCUGCAGAGCUGCCUACCCAAGGAGUGGUUAACCCCGGCCGCCCUGCAGAGCCACAUCAGCCUCGGCCUCCACAAAGAGGAGCAUAACGAGUCCAGCGACGAGGACCCUUCAUCGCCCGGAGCGGCGGCCGGCGGCUCCUCCCACAGCUGUUGCCACACGAGGGUGUGAAGCGGCCGACUACAGUACACUGACAUGUGGACGUCCCCGCCACCUCUGCCAGUGGCUCAAGUGGCAUUAGUAGGCUUGAACAACCAGCUGACCUCAUACUGUUUGCACUCUUGAGUAAAGAGGCAGGAAAAGCAGCUGCUGCCAGAGACUUCAGACCUACAGGGAGCCUGCCGGUCCUUCCUGCAGACAACAGGAGGAAAAACUUUGACCUGAGCACUGAAGCUCAGACUCCACAACAACCACUUGUAGAUCUGAAGUUUGCAGUACAUUAUUUUAAGUCUUUUCCCUGAACUUUGAAACCUUUGUCAGCCUUGUUCCUUGCCCUACCUUCAGAGCUGCUUUUGUAGAACAACUAGACACAGUGCUGAGACUACUUAUGGGGACAUUAACAGGAAACUGCUACUCUGCUUAAUGUCAACAAGUUCUCGUACAAUAACCUCGAUGUGGCCUUCAGUUGAUAUCGUUGACUCUGCUUUUAUUGUAUGGGACUUAACUAGUUAACUUUGGCCAUUUUAGAAGGUUUAAAGAGGAUUUAAUCCUUCCUCAAAGUUCAGUCUGAACUCGUAAAAAUGUUGCAUGUUGAAAGAAUUUGACAAAACGUCCAACUGAUCUGAGACGCCACACUUCUGACCAUAUCAUCAAGUAUUUCUUCUCCGCUUAUCUUUUGUAAAAUAACAAAACAAAUGAUCCAACCUGAGGCUUGUACAACAGUGAACUUCCAGUUAGCUGCCAGUUUAACCUGGUUCAUAGACAAUUGUAAACAAUCAAGGGCAAAUACUGUUCAGUUUAAAUAGUCGCUGUUCAUACAGCUUCGGGUAGCCCAGUCACUAUCUGUGAACAUCUCAGAGACUAGAAAGUCAAGCUGCUACACUGUUAAUUAUUGACUUUGUAACCCAGUAAAAUGUUUGUCUACGCUUUUAUAUCCAUAUGGUCUUUAUAUUAUAACGGUGUGAUAACGUCCAGGCUAGGUAAUGUACAUUUACGCCCGGAGAGUGUUCCUCUAUGGUACUCGUCUUAUCACAUUUUUCACCGAUAAACCAAUAAAAACGGAGCAGUGAUGAGAAAGAAAAGCAGAAAAGCAGUAUUCUCCUUUAAAAUACAGCAAUCCUUAAAGCAGUGGGUCCCACAUUUUAGGAAAUGUACUUAAUCGCUUUCUUGCCGAAAGUUAGAUGAGAAGAUCAAUACCAUUUUUAUGUCAGUAUGGUAAAUAUAAAGCUACAGCCAGCAGCUGGUUAGCUUAGCUUAGCAUAAAGGCUGUAAACGGGGGGAAACAGUGAGUCUGGCGCUGUCCAAAGAUAACAAAAUCCACAUGAAAUCUCACCAUUAACACAUUACAUCUUGUAAGUUUAACUCAACAAAAACCCAAUUUCACAGAUUCCCCCCAUUUCCAUUCUUUAUGCUAAGCUAAGCUAACCAACUGCCACCUGAAUCUUCAAAUUGAUCCCAAAGACAUGAGGUGGGUUUCAUCUAACUCUCAGCAAGAAAGUGUAUUUCCCAAAAAACGGUUCCUUCAAGACUAUAUUUUUGAUUUAUUUCAACUGUGAAGGUUUACAGAUACAACGCAUGUUGUUGAUAGUAAGCAAUCCAUUUUAAGGAGUUAAUUAUACAUCUGAAUUUUGCUGCGGUGAGAUGUUCAGAAACUCAUAAAGGGAUCGUUGUGGUUUUAGCAUACAUGCAGGUACACAACCCCAUUAAUGACCAUCCCCCCUCUGAUACUGAUAAUGGUGGUGAUUGCAAUGAUGAUAAUAAUUAUGUUUUUGUUAUUUUUAAAUGCAAAUUAAGCUCAGUGAACCAGGCCAGAUGUGAUUUUAAUUGUGUUCCAUCCCUCCUACUGCUACGGCAGUGGGUUCAUGGACAGCUAGCCUUUCUCAGGAAGGAAACCAUGUAACUCGUUAUAGUCACAGUCAUCUCAUUCCGGCUGAACACCUUGUUAAAUGGGGUAGGAAAAGUGCAAAUUGAUGAUUUGACUGCUUCAUGUUCCUAAAUAAGCUAUAUUGUUAUUUACUUUAGAUGUAGUUUUACAUUUCACCAAGUGUGAUGUGUCCAGUUUUCUUUGGGGUAUAGUUUGAGUUUGCAGGAGCUGUACAGGGAUUAGUAACCCGUUUAGUAACAAGUCUUUGGCACUUUCUACAGAGCAGACCAGACAGGUAUUUUUUUCUCUUGCUCUGUACCAACCAUAACCUUACAUUUCUUUUUCCUAACCCAAGACAAUUUCAAGAAUGAGGAUAUAGAAUAAAGAGACAGAAUAACAAA